GCAGUGCGCAGCAUAUUCAAAGAGAGACGUGCAGAAACAGCAGGUCCACAGCUGUCGCUGCACCAUAUCCUACAGCAUGUCUGAAAACCAGCGGGGUCUCGUAUAUCUGAUCACCGGAGGUUCCGGAUUUCUCGGCAAGCACCUACUGAGGCUUUUGCUGGAGAAGGAGGACGACCUGGAGGAGGUGCGGGUGUUUGACAAACAUAUUGACCCAAGUUUAAAUGGAAUCGGCACAGAGCGGACAAAGGUGGUAUGCAUUCAAGGGGACAUCACAGACUACAGCAGCGUGUUGGAGGCCUCCCGUGGGGUCGAUGUGGUUAUCCACACAGCCAGCUUGGUGGACGUUUGGCACAGAAUCCCCGAUACCAUCAUCUACUCUGUGAACGUCACAGGAACAAAGAAUGUAAUCAGUGCCUGUGUGGAGUGUGGCAUCCAGUGCCUGGUCUACACCAGCAGCAUGGAAGUGAUUGGUCCCAACAUGAACAGAGACCAUUUCAUCAGGGGCAAUGAGGACACACCUUACCUUGUGAAACACACUAUGGCUUAUCCUAAGAGCAAGUCAAAGGCAGAGAAAAUCGUGCUUGAAGCUAAUGGCACCAAGGUAAAUGGUGGAAAGUGUUUAUACACAUGCUCUCUGAGGCCGACAGGGAUCUAUGGCGAGGGGCACGACAUAAUUAAGGCUUUCUACAAGCUGGCUGUACAAAGAGGAGGCUUGGUCAUCGGGGGUGUCCCAGACCACAUUGAACACGGACGAGUCUAUGCAGGCAAUGUGGCCUGGAUGCAUAUACUUGCAGCCCGAGCCCUGAGAGAGCGCCCACAGACAGUCAGAGGUGAAGCUUUCUUCUGCUACGAUGACUCACCCUACAAGAGCUACGAGGAUUUCAACAUGGUGUUUCUCUCCAAAUUUAACUUCCGAAGAGUCCGCAUGCCUUCACUGCUGAUCUGGUUCUUGGCUAUGGUUAAUGAUCUGCUCCGUUGGAUACUGAGCCCUGUGUACAAUUACACGCCGUUGCUGAAUCGUUACACCUUGGCCGUUGCCAGUACCUCCUUCACUGUCUGCACAGACAAAGCCAUGCGUCACUUCCAAUACCGCCCUCUGUACAACUGGGAUCAGUGUCGAGCCCUCACACAGAAAUGGGUCGACACACUCCCUCUGGAUAACGCCAAAGACUCCUAACGUGACCUCAACUGCUGCAACACUCAUCAGAAGCUGCUAUGUAGACAUGCAGAACUCCACAUAGAUGUUUAAAGAGUAAUCUGCUAUCAAAGAAUCAUUUGUCAUUUUACAAUACAGGUUUGCACAAUGUAAGUUGUAAUGCACACAGAAUAUAUAUAAAUAUACAAAUAUUUAAAUUUAUAAUAGAAUAAAAUUAAUAAAGCAAUAUAUAAUCUUUAUUUACAUUUUUACAUAUGCACCCAGAAAGCAAUAAUUCUGUAAUGCAUUUACAUUUAGUGUUUGAAGCUUUGUAAUUUAAAAAGAAGGAGAAACAGAAGAAGCACAUACGUUAACAGUCUUAAGUUUAUUUAAUUUACAAGCAUUAACUACAUACAUAAACACAUAAUAUAUGUUGCAUAAUUUAAAAAUGUGUAAAUUUUUCUAACAACAUUAUAACAUAUCAUGCAUUUUACAUUUGUCAUUUUUAAUAAAGAUAAUUUAAUGUAUUCUA